ACUGGGCUGGUCUGGGCUGGACUGGGAUUGUCUGAGCUUAUACUGGGCUGUACUGGGGUGGCUUGGAUUUGUACUGGAUUGUGCUGGGCCCUACGUGGCCGUACUGGGUCGUACUGGAUUGUACUGGGUUAUAGUGGGCUGUACUGGGUUAUAGUGGGUUGUACUGGUUUAUACUGGGCUGCACUGGGUUAUACUGGGCCAUACUAAGUUAUAUUGGGGUUUAUACUGGGCUGUUCUGGGUUAUACUGGGGUAGUACUGGGCCAUACCAGGCCAUACUGGGUUGUACCGGGCUGCACUGAGUUGUAGUGGGCUGUACUGGGUUCUACUGGGGUUCUGCUGGCCCGUACUGGGUUCUACUGGGUUCUAUUGGCCCGUACUGGGGUUCUGCUGGCCCGUACUGGGUUCUACUGGGUUCUAUUGGCCCGUACUGGGGUUCUGCUGGCCCGUACUGGGUUCUACUGGGGUUCUGGUGGCCCGUACUGGGUUAUACUGGGGCCGUACCAGCGCCUCGGGCCGUGGAUCGGUGCCGGCAUGGAGCGGUUCGUGGCGGGGAACCGGGCGGCUCUGCAGGAUCACAUCUGGCAGCACCGGGAGAUCCACGUGGUGAUGGGCAACGAGGCCUGCGACCUGGACUCCACCGUCUCAGCGCUGGCCCUGGCCUAUUUCCUCGCCCAGACCUCCCCAGCUCCCAAAGCUGCCUUUGUGCCGGUGCUGAACAUCCCCCGUGCUGACUUCGCGCUCCGGACGGAGACGACGUUCCUGCUGCGGGAUCGGGGAAUCCCGGCCGCCUCCCUCAUCUUUCGGGAUGAGAUCGACCUGGGGGGGCUGCACCACGCUGGGCUACUCUCCCUGACGCUGGUUGAUCACCACGUCCUGCCCCGUGCCGACGCUGCCCUGGAAGAGGCUGUGGUGGAGGUCGUGGACCACCGGCCGCUGGAGCGGGACUGUGGUCCCCCGUGCCGGGUGACCGUGGAGCCCGUGGGCUCCUGUGCCACGCUGGUGACCGAGCGGAUCCUGCAGGGCCCCCCGGGCGUGCUGGACAGAACCACGGCCGCGCUGCUGCACGGCACCAUCCUGCUGGACUGCAUCAACCUGAGCCCAGCUGCGGGCAAGGUGACACCCAGGGACGUGACCUGCGUGUCCCUGCUUGAGGAGAGGUUCCCGGAGUUGCCGGCCCGUGAUGCCGUGUUCGGAGCCCUGCAGGCGGCCAAGUUUGACGUCACAGGGCUGACGACAGAGCAGAUGCUGCGGAAGGACCUCAAAGUCCUCUCCAAUGACAAGGCGGUCAUUGCCAUCAGCGGUGUCUUUGAGGAUCUGGAAACGUUCCUGCUCCGGCCUGGCUUGCUGCAGGACCUGGAGGCUUUCUGCCAGGCCCGUGGCUAUGCGGGGCUGGUGGCCAUGACCGUGUCCUUUAACGAACGCCAUGAGCCCACCCGGAAACUUGCGGUCUACAGCCCGCAGGAGCCCCUCCGCAGCACGCUGUGCCUGGCACUGGAGGAGGCGACGACGCCGUCACUGUUCCUGCGGCCGCUGCCGAGCCCCUGGCCCUGCGUGGCCACCUACGCCCAGGGCAACAGCGUGGCCGCUCGCAAGAAGGUGCUGCCCAUCCUGCGGGCAGCGCUGGGGGGCCUGGGGGCUGCCGAGGGCCCCGAGGAGGAGGUGGUGCCCCCACCCACCCCCAUGAACAGCCUGGUGGAGGAGUGUCCCCUGGCACAGGCUGUGCCCCCGCUGUGUCCCCAGGAUGUCCUGGAGCGGGUCAGCCGCAUCGCAGUGGGGCAGCCCCCCAGCUCCCCGAAAUAGCAGCAGGCACGUCGUGGCUUUUUGAGGUGUGGAUGAGAAGUUGGGGUCCCUGAGCAGGCCCCCGGUGGGGUGCCUGGGUGUGGAGGGGGGGGGUUGCAGCUGCCUUUGUUAGAGCUCAGCUCCUGGUCCUUGUCGUGGUUUGUCCCCCCCAAUGGCUCCCUGUGCCCCAGUGGUCCCCAGGGUGGGUUUUUGGGGAUGCCACGGGCAGUAGUUGCACCUCCUUAAUGAAGGCGUUGGGGUGGAGGAGUUAAUGAGUUCUUGAUGCUCUUCCUUCCUUGGGGGGCAGCGGGGGGCCCCAGAGGGUGGGUCCGGACAUGCAGCCAUCCAGAACUGUCACUGUUUUCCAAGGAUUAAAUUUCCCUUUUCUUCCA